AUGGAGCUGCCACCAGAGACAUCACUAGUCCCAUGUGGGAAAGGACAAGUAUAUUUCCAAGAAUGAGCUACUGGCACACUUGAAGAAUUAUAAUCUUUAUUAUGAAGGACAGAACCUACAGCUGAGGCAUCGAGAGGAAGAAGGGGAGCUGAUUGUGGAAGGACUGUUGAAUAUUUCUGGGGUUUAAGACGACCCAUCAGGCUUCAGAUGCAAGAUGACAAUGAAAGAAUACGCCCACCUCCAUCUUCCACGUCCUGGCAUUCCGGGUGUAACCUUCUCACUCAAGGUAAAGCCGCUAAACCCGCCAUCAUCCCGGAUAUCCAGGUGACAGAAGCUGAAGACAUCACUUCCCCUGAAAGUGAAGAAGUGGAAAAACCCUCCCAGGAAGAAACCCCACAGCUUAUGCGGACGCGCAGUGAUGUGGGGGUGCGAAGAAGGGGGAACUUGCGAACCCCAGGAGAGCAGAGGCGAAUCAAACGCCACCGGUUCUCUAUUAAUGGACACUUUUACAACCACAAGACAUCUGUAUUCACACCAGCGUAUGGCUCAGUCACCAAUGUGAGGAUAAACAGCGCCAUGUCCACCCCACAGGUCCUGAAACUGCUGCUCAACAAGUUUAAGAUUGAGAAUUUCCCUUCAGAGUUCUCCUUGUAUAUGGUGCACACAAGUGGAGAGAAGGCCAAGCUGAAGGACACAGACUACCCUCUUGUUGCUCGAAUUCUGCAUGGCCCCUGUGAGCUUGUGUGCAAGGUUUUCCUUAUGGAGAAGGAUCAAGUGGAAGAGAUCACCUAUGAUGUGGCACAGUACAUUAAGUUUGAGAUGCCUGUACUAAACAGCUUCAUUCAGAAACUCAAGGAGGAAGAAGACAGGGAAAUCACCAAGCUGACAAGGAGGUACAGUAGAGUUAAUAUCCGGCUACUUUGUGCACUCAGUACAAACUACACAGAAGAAACAGCCAGAAAGCAGAAAAACGACCAAUAUGGCUGCUGA